UUCCUCGUCGAGGCUUAUAACGAUCUUAUAGAAUAUAUUAAGGCUAAGAUCCUAUUAAACAAGUCCUCUAAGUCUGUUAAGUCCUUCAUUUCGCGAUAUAUCCUUUUUGUAGUUGUCGAUAAAGGCUCUAAGUUCAAAGGCGAAGUCAAGGAGAUCCUUUAUAAGCUAGGUAUUAAGAGAGUCAUUAUCUCGCUAUACAAUUUGUAUAUAAACGAUAUAAAUGAGGCUAGCUAUAUCCUAAUUGCUACUUCGUUUAUAAAGAUAAUUGAUAUUAUAGGAAAGAAGUAG